AUGGAGAACCCAAAGAAUUCAUAUUUUUGGUGCACCACAUAUUUCUUGCAAUUGUGGAAGACUGUUGAACUUUAUUGUGCUGAUUUUCAAGUGUGCAUGUAUGGUGGUUCCAGAGACAAGUGGACAAGAUUCAUUGCAAACUUCCCUGAAGUGACUGAGUUGUCAAUUGAGUGCGACAGGAAGCACUCUCACGCACCCUGGAGGUUUGCUCAUGAUCAUGAAGGAAAGCGUGUCUGGGCAACCAGCCUAGAGAGCCAGUACACUCGUCCCUUGUGUCUGGCUACAGUUCAAGUGAUCUUGCAGAAAGCUGCUUCCCAAGGACUGCACUUGUUGCCCCAGACCUUGAAUGAUAUCCGAAAGCAUCCGUUGUUGCAUGCACAGCAGGCUCAAAUUAGCGUUGGUCUGCAGCCAUUUCGAAAGAAAAUACCGCCUUUGGUUCCAGAUUUCGAUGCAGUGGUUAUCGCGGUCCUUCAGGAUAAGUCCCAAGUCCCAGUCCCUGUUCUCGGCAAGGUUCAAACUGAUUUGCACCUCAUGUCCCUGAGCUUCAACCUCUUUUCAUCCCCAAAUAUGCACGGUUGCUUCGCCUUUUUGCUGCCUCCGAUUCUUUGA